AUGCUCGGCGCGCAGGCCUCGCGCGCGCGCGCGCGCGCGCACGUCGCGACCAAACACCGCGCUCGUCCUCGUGCGCGCGCGUCGACGCGCGUCGCGGCGUCAGCGACGUCGUCAGCGCGCGCGAAUGCGAUAUCCAAAGUCGUCGUCAUCGGUGCCGGCUGGGGCGGCAUCGGCGCCGCGAAAUCGCUGUGCGAAGCCGGGGCGGACGUGACGCUCGUCGACGUGCAAGACGACCCCACGGGCGCGACGCCGACGCUGACGAAGAGCGGGAAACCGUUCGAGGCGGGAACACGCGGGUUUUGGAAAGAUUAUCCUAAUAUCUCCGAUCUGUGUCGAGAGAUGAACAUCGACGAAAAGGAUGCGUUCACAGAAUUCACGCCGAGUUCGUUUUGGUCGCCGGACGGGUUGGAGGCGACGGCGCCGGUGUUUGGGGAUUCGAUGGCGCUCCCGAGCCCUCUCGGACAGGUGUUUGCGACUUUCGAUAACUUUAAACGACUGCCUCUGAGCGAUAGGGUGACGAUGGUCGGCUUGCUGUACGCGAUGUUGGAUUUGAAUCGCGAUGAGAAGACGUUUGAGGCGUACGAUAGGCUCACUGCGCACGAGCUGUUCAUUCGCAUGGGAUUGAGUAAGCGACUGGUGGACGAUUUCAUUCGCCCGACGUUGCUCGUCGGGUUGUUCAAGCCACCAGAGGAGCUUUCGGCGGCUGUCGUGAUGGAAUUGUUGUAUUACUACGCGUUGGCGCACCAAGACUCGUUCGACGUGCGCUGGAUCAAGACGAAGAGUAUAGCCGAAGUCAUCGUCGGGCCCACGAUGGCUCGCCUGCAGAGCGAAUACGGAUUGAAAGUCAUGGGCUCGACGUUUGUCAGCAAAGUUGAAGUGGACGAGGCGACAAAAAAGGCGACGGCGGUGCACUACCUGAAAAAGGACGGCGGGAAAGCAGGCGUGAUCAAAGACGUUGAUGCGGUGGUCUUCGCGCUCGGCGCAAAGGGCAUGAAGAGCGUGGUGUCCAACUCUCCCGUCUUGGCUCGCAUGGCGCCAGAGUUUAGCGCCGCAGCGUCGCUCGGCGGCAUUGACGUCGUGGCGACGCGAAUCUGGUUGGAUCAGUACGUGGACGUGCAGCAUCCAGCGAAUGUAUUCAGUAGAUUUGAAGCCCUUCGUGGCGCCGGGGGUACUUUCUUCAUGUUGGACCAGUUGCAAAAAGACUCGGAAGUUGAAUUGUGGGGUGGCGAAGAGCCAAAAGGAAGCGUCAUCGCCGCCGAUUUCUACAACGGCGGCGCCAUCGCGUGCUUGAGCGAUGAUGAUAUCGUAAAACUAUUAACGGACGAGCUCCUUCCGGCCGCCGUACCGGGAUUCAAGGGCGUCAAAGCUGUCGACUUUGAAGUGCGAAGGUACCCGGGAGCGGUUUCCUGGUUCUCUCCAGGCUCGUAUUCGAAAAGACCGCCGCUCGAAACGUCCAUUUCAAACAUCGUAUGCGCGGGAGAUUGGGUGCGCAUGGGCGACAGAGAGCACGGCGCUAAGGGCUUGUGCCAAGAGCGCGCCUACGUCAGCGGUUUAGAGGCUGGAAAUUCUCUUUUACGCAGAUGCGUCGUCUCCGGCGCGGGCGUUUCCGGCGGCGCCAGCCAUCCCGUCAUUCCGAUUCGCCCCGACGAAGCCCAAGUCGUGCUCGGCCGCGCGCUGAACAAGCAAAUUAUGGACACCCUGAGCCCGUUCGGCCUGGCGUCGCCGUGGAUUCGUUAA